AGGUGGCUCCAAUCCGAAAACACUGUUUCCAAGCGGGCAGUCUCAACUUCAUACUUUUCUAACAGUAUCGCUUCUUCUCUGAAGAGAUAAGCGAUACAAGUUAUUUUUGGACUCGGCAUGUUCAUGUUAGCAAACACUGGGGGUAUUCUAUCUUUCCAGUCGGAUUAAAGUUUGAGAAAUCUGCGGUAAAAUGGAGAGAAGAGCUGAAACUGAGGUGAAGAGGCUGGCGCUGGGAAUCUCGUCUUCUUAUUCGCUCCAUCGACUGUAACAAAAUCUCUCUUAAGAUUGACCGCACACUUAAAUUUCAUAACACCUGAAUUUAGGACGUUUCUGGGGUGUCAAUUGGAGACAUCUCUGAGAGUGGGACCAGAAGCUUCCCUGUGUGGCACUGCACUGUUUACCGAUUGGAUGUUGCCUGGGAGAUGAGAAUGUGCUGCUGGCACCAGGAAGGAAGGAUUUUGAUGUGAUGGGGUGCAGGAAGAGCAAAGUCCUUCCAGAGCCACCCACUGAUGUUCAACUAGAUCUGGUCAAAAAGGUAGAGCCUCAGCACACUGAUGUGUAUAAAAACUUUAUCAAAAGUGAAGGUGGCAGGGAGAAAACAGGCUCACCAUCCCCUCAGUGUCAAAGCCAGGCUGCUUCAAAGGUGAGUCAGUCCCCACCACCAGGUAACAACCAGCCGGAGCCCGCUGACCCACACCGGAAAAAAGUAGCCAAAUACAGGGCCAAGUUUGAACCUCGAGUGACUGCUAAAUAUGAUAUCAAAGCUUUGAUAGGUCGGGGCAGCUUCAGUCGGGUCGUAAGAGUGGAGCACAGGAGCACACGGCAGCCAUAUGCCAUCAAGAUGAUCGAGACACGCUACCGUGAGGGCAGAGAAGUAUGUGAAUCUGAACUUUGCGUUCUGCGACGUGUGCGCCACACCAACAUCAUCCAGCUGAUGGAGGUGUUUGAAACAGCAGAGCGGGUCUACAUGGUGAUGGAGUUGGCCACUGGCGGAGAAUUGUUUGAUCGCAUCAUUGCUCGAGGGUCUUUCACAGAAAGGGAUGCCACACGGGUGCUGCAAAUGGUUCUUGAUGGGGUGAAGUACCUCCACACAUUGGGCAUCACACACAGGGACCUGAAACCUGAAAACUUGCUUUACUAUCAUCCGGGUGCUGAUUCCAAGAUCAUGAUCACAGACUUUGGCUUGGCCAGCACAAGGAAGAAAGGUGAUGAAUGCCUGAUGAAGACUACCUGUGGAACACCUGAGUACAUUGCACCUGAGAUUCUCGUUCGGAAGCCAUACACUAAUGCAGUAGACAUGUGGGCACUGGGAGUCAUCUCUUACAUAUUGCUCAGUGGUACCAUGCCUUUUGAGGAUGACAAUCGCAUGCGCCUUUACCGACAGAUCCUCAAAGGAAAGUACAGCUUCUCGGGGGAGCCAUGGCCAAGUGUGUCCAACCUUGCAAAGGACUUCAUCGACCGUGUCCUCACGGUGGAUCCUAGUGAACGUCUCACUGCGGGUCAGGCACUUAAACACCCUUGGAUUGUCAGCAUGGCUGCUUCCUCCUCCAUGAAGAACCUACAACGGUCCAUUUCCCAGAACCUCCUGAAGAGAGCGUCAUCACGCUGCCAUAGCACCAAAUCAGCCCAGUCCACUCGCUCCAGUCGCUCCACAAAGUCCAGCAAGGCACGUCGUGUUCGCGAGAAAGAGCUGAGAGAACUCAACCGCCGUUACCAGCAACAAUGUAAUGGUUGAGGGCAACUGCAAGCCACACAAUUACAAACAAGACUACUUGUGCCCUACAAGUCCAGAUGAGAACAUUGGAGAGAGCAGAACAAUAAUGAGUCUUGACUCAGAUGUCAACUUCCUACGCCAUCAAGAAUGAGCCAAUUAGCAGAAAACCUCCUAAAAUUUUUAUACAUUUUCUAUUUUUCUGCUGUUUCUCUCUUGUAUUACCUUUUAUGUGAGUGUUUUAUUUAUUUAUUGUUGGUUGUAUGUUCAUUAUUAUGUUGUCUCAUUGUCUUUUACCUGAUUGUAUCUGUUGAACAGGAUUUUACAAAGAUGCUGGAAGGACUUAUCUUGUAGGCUGUUCUUUCUGAUUUUGCUGGGAAUUAUUUGUUACGGUACCCACGUAGUUGAUUGCGCUUCUAAAGGGGAAAUGUGCUGUUUAUUCAUUAUUAGCAACAAAUCAAAUGGCCUAGUAAUAAUAAAAUGUGCCUUAACAUCAUUUUUGAACAAAAGGAAAGGUUAGAAUCAUACUGUUGGUAAUAGACAUUAUUCACAGCAGCGCCAUCUUUGAUUUUUAAUGGAAAUGACAAUGAGGCUGUGAGGAAUAGACACACUGUCUCCUCAAUGGGCUGUACUGAAGUUUAAAGUGUUUUUGGAUCAUGGACAAAACAUUGAAAAAAAAAAUAUUUUCAAGAACACUCAGACAAACAUUUCCAGACAACAUAAGUUGUGGAAAUCAGAUGUGAUCAAGGAGCUUUUUACAGCUUUAUACCAUUCGUGAAAUUGAAGAGAUGGUAAGUCUAUCACUUACAGCCUCAUUGUCAUUCACAUUAAACUUCAAAGAUGCCACUAGUGUGAAUAAGGAGAUUGCUUUGAAGUAACCACACAGACCACAUUUAUAAUGAACCUGGAUGGCUAAUUCAAGAAUAUCAGUGAGCUCUAAGCUCUACUUUGUCCAAUAAAUCUAGUGUUUUGCUUUAGGGGCUUCAACUAUUGUAUCCAGUCUCUAACUAGCUUUAGCUACAACCCUGGUAUGGAUGCUGAUGUUAAUUAUAUCAACUGUUAAUAUCUGUGGAAAAGUAUGCAAAUAUAAAAAAAACUGUUGUGAAAUUGUUGACUUUAAAGGUAUAUUUCUCUCCAAAAUUAAUAAUUAUUCACUCAGCCUCAUGUUGUUGUUCCAAAUCCACAUGACUUUUAUUCCUCUGUGGAACACAUCAGUAAGACAAAAUGUCACCAUUUCCUUUUAUUGCAUCUUUUCAUUUUAUUUAAUUUUUUUCAUACAAUGAAGGUGAAUGAUUCCUUUGGCUAUCAUUCUAUUAAUUUGUUGUGUUCCAUGGAAGAAAGAAAGUCAUAUGGGUUUGGAACAACAUGAAGGUGAGUAAAUUAUAACAACAUUUUCUUUUUUUUUUGUUUUUCACCUCAUCAAGUUUGUAAUUGUCCUCUAUGAAGGAUCAUUCUUGGCUAAUACUGUUGGAUUUGUUGUGACGCAUUCUAGUAAUGAAUCAUACUAACCGAUAUUGAUCACUCUCAGAGUGGUUGAAAGUUGGAAGCCCUAUCGUUAAAUCCUACUUUUGGUUACUUUCGCUGUCCCCUGCUGUUGCUCCUUGAGCAAGGCGCUGAACCACCAUGUAGGCCUGUUGGCUGCCUUUUCAUUAGCCCUGUUUGUCAGAAAAGAGCAAAUAUGCCAAAGAAAUUCUCACGAGGAACAUUUGAGAUCAAACUUCCUUGUAAAAAAAGAAUUACUGUUAAAACUGUGAUGAUAUGAAGACUUCUUCAGUUAAAUGUUUUUAAAUCUGUUCUUUAUGUCAUUUUAUAAAAUCCUAUAUAAAAAUUAAAGGAAAA